AUUGUUUACCAUAUGAUUGUCAUUGUGCGAUUGUUUUGGUUUUACUGUUCUUCACAUACUGCCGUUUUUUGUGCAUAGUACGAUUAUACAGCUAGUUAUUGAUAGUUCCACUAGUCCGCUCAACAGACGGUACACCUAAUCAUACGCAUACUGUAACAAGUACUUGUGUUUUUUUUCUUUAACUUAGCCAGAACGUUGAUGACGUUGUGUGUUUCAAGAUUUUGAUAAGCGAUGAUGAAUAAUAAGCUGGAGAAUGUGGUGUAGAGAUGUGUCAUCUUCACAUAAUAGAGUUUUACAUCACACGCUAUCCGGUGCUGUGAUCUCUGAUACGUAAAUCAACCGGUAAACGAAAACAGAGUGCAUCUUGGAUGGUGAUAAGAGCAGGAAGCUCGCAAAAGAAGAAAAAUGUUCAUCUGGGACCAAUUCUGGAGCGACAUAUGCCCAACCGGAUUAAGGCCGUGGGUGCAGACUAAUAAUGAUCUUGCACCAUGCUUCCAGGAGCUCGUACUGCAGCUGCCCAUACUAGCGCUAUUCGCCACCUUUUCAGCUUUCUACUAUGGGACCCAUUGGCGUACGGUGUCCCGCAAUGAAACACAACUGCGAGCAUUGCGGUGCCGGAUUUGGGCAUCGUUAUUUUUAAUAUUCGUGCCAGCUGCAAAAGUGUACUACAUUUUCCGCAUGCAGAAGGAAUUGUAUCCAGUUGACAUAUUGCUCGCAUGUGUACAGCUCAUAGCAUGGUCAAUUCACUGCUGCUUUUUACUGUCCUCAGUGCGAAAAGGUUCUCUUAGUCACCGUGGUCCACUAGCACUUAUUGUUUUAUGGACUUCACUAUUGGCACUACAUGCCAUAUGGCUUCAUACAAACCUUUACACGGAGUAUUGGUUAUGGUACGCGUGUCAACUAUCGCUGUAUCUCAUCUAUGGUGCAACACUUGUUGCGCCAGGGAAUGCUCAUUACGUGCGUCUCCGAAGGACGGAGGACGAAGAACGACAAGCGUUGUUAUCCCAAUCAUAUACGCGUUUCUUCGAGGACCUGGAAGAAACAGCACUUGGCCCAAUUGAAGACGACGCGAAUCUUUUUUCAAAAAUAGUUUUCUACUGGGUCCGGCCACUAAUCGCAAAAGGAGUCAGUGGGAAAUUAAAACGCAGCGACGACCUGUUCGAUUUGCCCGAAGCUCUAACACUGCAUCGAGUUACGGAGAAACUUCAAUCGGCACUGAAUACAACGACCUCCUUGCUGAAAGCGCUGCACAGAUGCUUCGGAUGGGAAUUUUAUCUGGUCGGACUGUUGCGACUGUUUGGCGAUCUUUCCGGAUUUGCUGGUCCAAUCUUACUCGGUGGUCUGUUACGUACGGAGGACAAUGGAAACGGCACUACAAUAACAGAUCCAACGGAUCCUAACGCAAUGGUGGAUUAUCGUGCAUAUUACUACGCUCUGGGAUUAUUCAUUUCGGCUCUGGUUAGUGCUUUCUCGGCAGUACAUUUUAACUGGCGUAUGACGUUUGUCAGCAGCAAAAUGCGAAUGUCCAUCGUUACGGCCAUAUAUCAAAAAUCUCUUACCGCGAAGCAACUGCAGACAGCCCGUCCCGAAAUACUGAACUUAAUGUCAACCGACACGGAUCGUAUCGUAAACUCAUGUAUCAGCUUCCAUUCGUUCUGGAGCAUCCCAUUCCAGCUGUUUACCACGCUAUAUUUACUCUACACCCAGCUCGGUGUCGCUUUUGUUGCUGGCGUUUUGUUCGCGGUGUUACUGAUCCCGAUCAAUCGCAAGAUCGCACAGAAAAUUGGACAACUUUCGCAGGGCCUGAUGUCGGCGAAGGAUGGUCGCGUUACAAUCACCACAGAAGCCAUCAGUGGGGCGAAAGACAUCAAGCUUAAUGCCUGGGAGGAUGUUUUCAUCGGUAAGAUCCAUAACCGGCGUGAAGAGGAAAUGCAUUUCCUUGCGAGAAGGAAAUAUCUGGACGCUUUAUGUGUGUACUUUUGGGCCACAACCCCGGUAUUGAUGUGUCUGUUCACCUUUGGUACUUCGAUUUUGCUCGGCAAACCGUUAACUGCGGCUACGACCUACACCAGCGUAGCAUUGCUGAACAUGCUCAUUGGUCCCUUGAAUGCGUUUCCGUGGGUACUGAAUGGUUUGACCGAGGCGUGGGUAUCUUUAAAGCGCGUGCAGGAACUGUUUGACCUACCGGACGUUAAUCUGCAGGAAUGCUAUCGCCCACUCAGCGCUACCGAUGCAUCGUUUUCCAAUUCUUCGAAGCGUCCCGUCGUGCUAGCCAUCAAGGAUGGCAACUUUGAGUUUGAAAUCAAGCGCAGUCGCAAUGAUUUGAAGUUGGUGCAGGAAGACAUCAUUGAUUUCGCUUUCCGCGAUCUAACGCUGCAGGUGCGCCAAGGAGAGCUCGUUUGUCUGGAAGGUCCUGUUGGUGGUGGCAAAUCCUCGCUAUUGCAGGUGAUAAUGGGCUACUUUAAAUGCGUUGCCGGUGCCGUAGCAAUCUCGACGGACAUAAACGAAGGCUUUGGUUACGUUGCACAGACUGCCUGGCUGCAGCAAGGAACCAUCCGGGACAAUAUUCUUUGGGGCGAAAUCUACGAUGAAGCACGUUAUAAAGCGGUCAUUCAUGCCUGCGCAUUGCAGUAUGAUUUGGAUGCAUUACGCGGUGAUAGUACGGGCGUUGGCGAGCAAGGCCGCACCUUGUCCGGUGGGCAAAAAGCACGAGUAGCGCUGGCACGUGCAGUUUAUCAGAACAAGAGCAUCUAUCUGUUGGAUGACAUUCUAUCAGCGUUGGAUGCACACGUCGCAUCGCAUAUCAUUCGUCACUGUUUGUUCGGGCUGCUGAAGGACAAGACACGCAUCGUCGUUACCCAGCACGCGAUGGUAUUGAAUCGAGCCUCGCAAAUCCUUCACGUGGAAGCGGGCCAAGUUUCGCAGAGUGACGCACCGAACGUUGGUUCGCUGCUGAGUGAUUAUGAUGAUUACGACGAGGAUACGAGUACCACACUGUCCUUGGCCAAUGGUACAUCGCCGUACGUAGCAGUGCGCCAGGAAGAGGACCAACGAAGCACCGACAGCGUGCUGAUGGAAGAAUCGCGUGAAUUCGGUCAUCUCGAUCGAAGAGUACUCGGAGCUUACUGGCAAGCCACAGGACGUAGCCUUGGGCUGUGGGUUGUCAUUGCCGUACUGAUGAUGCAAAUAUCUCGUAAUCUUACUGAUGCGUGGUUAGCGUACUGGGUUGGGACAACCAAUCAAACACCCGGCAAUAAUACAACGCUGGCGGAAAGUCCUACCGUACUCGAACAAAAAUCUUCCGAAGGAUUGCUUGCAAUGGUUGAUCACCUUCUCGUACCAACAGUUACCAACGGAACAGCAUCGUCUUUCUACUACCUGGGAGUUUACGCAACUUUGGCGAUCAGUAACAGUCUGCUUACGCUAGUGCGAGCAUUCCUGUUUGCGUAUGCUGGUUUAAAAGCGGCCAAAUGCAUACACGAUCGUUUGCUGCACAGCGUUCUAUAUACUAAGCUGCAGUUCUUCGACAUAGUUCCGCUUGGAAGAAUCCUCAACCGCUUCUCUUCAGACGUCUACACAGUAGACGAUACCCUACCAUUUAUAAUGAACAUUUUUUUGGCACAGUUUUUUGGGCUGCUGGGAGCACUGUUGAUAAGUCUGUAUGCUAUGCCUUGGCUGGGAUUGCUGAUCGUGCCACUCGUGCCAAUAUAUCUGUCCUUGCAAAACAAAUAUCGCUACGCUUCACGUGACAUAAAGCGGCUUUCGAGCAACGCCCUUUCACCGCUGUAUGCUCACUUUACCGAAACAUUGCAAGGACUUACCACGAUUCGUGCAUUGCGAGGGGAGAAACGGUUCCAACGAGAUUUUCUGUACAAGCUUGGUGAAAGCAUAAAAGCACAACUAUCUGCAGCAGCUACACAGCAAUGGCUGGGACUGAGGCUACAGCUGUUGGGCGCUUUUCUCGUUGGAGGAUCUGGAUUACUAGCUGCCAUAACAUCUGCACAUAUGACAUCCCCCGAGCUAGUAGGACUGGCCAUUUCCUAUGCGUUGUCCAUCACCGGUCUACUGUCGGGGUUGUUAUAUGCAGUCGCUGAAACGGAACAGGAGCUUGUCGCAGUCGAACGUAUCGAUCAAUACUGUCAACUGGAACCAGAAGUAAAUGCAGAUGGAUCUGCCGAUCCACCAUUUGGUUGGCCUUCCCAGGGAGUGGUAGUUUUCGAUAAUGUACAUAUGCGCUACCGGGAACAUUUACCAUACUCCAUACGCUCGAUCAACAUUAAUGUGAAGCCGUGUGAACGUAUCAGCAUUGUCGGGCGGACUGGAUCGGGAAAAACCUCCGUAGUCGCUGCACUGCUUCGUGUUGCACCCUUAGACAAAGGCACUAUAGCAGUGGACUUUGUAAAUAUAUCUACCUUACCUUUGGACGUACUGAGAAGCCGCAUUGCGCUGAUAUCCCAAGAUCCGUUCCUGUUCAACGGUACCAUCCGUGACAAUCUCGAUCCGCGCGCAGUACACGUUGAUUCUGAAAUUUGGGAAGCCAUCACCUGCUGUUUGGCAAGUCCGCUUGUGCAAGCGCUUGGGGGUUUGUACGCUCAGCUGGACGUUAGUGGAGCAAACCUUUCCGCGGGACAAAAGCAAUUGCUCUGCCUUACCCGGGCACUGCUCAAGAAGUCAAAAAUCGUGCUGAUUGAUGAAGGAACAUCCAAUCUAGACUUUGAAUCGGAAUCAGCCAUUCAGUUAGUGCUUAAAAAUGCCUUCCGCGGCCGUACGGUCAUCGUGGUGGCUCAUCGAUUGCGAGGAAUUCUUGACACCGAUCAAGUGUUCGUCAUGCAGGAUGGGACCGUCAUUGAGCAGGGUGUACCCCGCGAUCUUGCCGAGCAACCAAAUUCCGUGUUAUAUUCUUUACUGCAGGAACAGCAGAACGCUUAGCGAAACAUACGUAGCAUGUAACAUAACCGCCUGAUCGGUGUAAUAUUAGAAACUAGAAACAAAGAAAGAAUGAAAUAGAAUACAAGAAUGAAAUAUUAAAAAUGUAAUGUUUCCCGUACCAUAUUAACUAGUGUUAAGUAUGUAUGUAUAUUUAGUGUAUUUUUUAAAACACCAUGUUAAAUUGUAUUUUCAGUUUAAAUGGAGUCUUACCUUUUAUCACCUACAACUUAUUGGUAACGAAAUAAAUUUGUUGGAGUGGUCAAGCUCCUUUUAGCCAUA